GAUGGCGCUACUGUGUAAGACUCACUAGCUCACUAAGCAGCUCACUGACGCUGUAGAGGGAAAAUGUGCGUUAGCGUGUGGACUGAGGGAAGCCCCUAGUUAGCCAAGAGUGGAAACAUGGAUGAUGAGGAGGUCGCCGAGAGCUGGGAAGAGGCCGCCGACAGUGGGGAAAUGGAGAGAAGACUAGAGGAAAAGCUUCGAAUCAGUCAGAAAGAAAGACUUUCAAGUGGCAGUUCGAGCCGUUCUCCGAUGAGAACAGCAAUCGUAAUCCAGGAUGACUCCCUCCCCGCGGCACCCCCACCACAGAUUCGUAUUUUGAAGCGACCCUCCAGUAAUGGAUCUUUAGGAUCGUCUGUGACGCAGACUCGACCCUCCCCACAAGUAAAAUCCUUAGCUCAGCGAGAGGCAGAAUACGCAGAGGCCAGGAAGAGAAUCCUUGGCAGUGCUACUCCUGAUGACACACCACAAGAGAGACCCAAUUCAGACCGAUCUCCACGUGGAAGCAGCCAUACACUUUCAGAGGAAAACAGAUCAGGAAACCAUGUGGUUCGACAGCCAGCAGGUCCAGAUGGUACACAAGGCUUUCACCACCAGCGCAGAUAGGAAUAGCAGCCUUUCCUGGGAGGAAAGGAGAGGCGAUGGUGGGUCUCCCACAAUACGGUUGAAAAUCUAAUCAUUUUUAUCAAUAUUUAGGAUGUGAGUUUUUCAAAUAAGUAUAAAACCCUCUCAAAUCCAGCACGGCGUGUGUGGAAUGUAAUGGGGGAAAGAAACAUGAUCCAGAGGAGCGGAUGGGGAACGUUCCCCACUUUUUACACUGUGAUGAGGACCUCGCUUCCGGACACUGCUCACUGUGAUGUCCAGCCCCCACCCCUGAAAAUCAAAAUGAAAAUAGAGAGAAACGAAACAGAACUGCAGAAUGAUUGUUCCUUCCUCACGUAACUCAGCCGUCACUGGCAGCCAGCCUGAAAAGUCAUGCAAGCAAGCCCUAUGAAGAGACAUUUGAAACUGAAGAUAACAUGUCCUGGAUGUGCUAAAACCGAUAAAAGGAUGGUAUGAGGCACCAGCUUCCUUCAGCAAUAAUUCUAGAAAUAUCACUAAUUAUUCAGACCUCCCUUCCGUUCUCUCAAGCUUUUGUAUUGCUUGUGUUUGUCUUUUGUUUUAAUUUUGCUUAUUACUGGCUCGGUCUGCAUACUGCCAUAUGUUUUUAAAUGGGUAAGAAACAGUGAGGGUGUAAUGUGGAAACUUAAGCUGACUUUAAGUUCUUUAUUGUUUACGGUUUUCUUUUUUUUACUCAUGGGUCUUCCUCUAACUGUCCUGAUUUCUACAUAAAGUAAACAGAAUAAAAACAAACUAGUAGAAAAUUAAAUGAGUGCAGCAAAUGGCAUUUUUAAACCGUUUCUAUGCCUUUUAUAUGAUUUAAAAAAGGUAGUCAUUUUUAGAUCUGUGCAUUUUUAAGUGAAAUCCAACAGAAAGAUGAGUUCUGUAAAUAUUUGUUGUGCUGGGGAGAACUGGAGGGAGUGAAGCAAGGGGGGGGGAUUUUGCUGGCUCCCCUCGCCUCACUUCCUCAUCAAAUCUGCUGUUGGCCACUUUCUUUUCUCUCUCUCUCUUUUUUUUUUUUUUUUUUUUUUACUUAUGUAGGAACUCAGGUUGUUGUGAGGAAAUAUGAACGAAUGAAUGAAGUUGUGUAUCAGUGAAUAGGUUUUUAACUGAAUGAUGGUGCAAUGUUAAGCUUACAUGAAGUAUGGCUUCAAGAUCAUUUGAAAAACACCUCUAUGACUGGAUUACAGAAUAUCCUAUAAGAGAUUAUUUAACUUUAUUGAAACCUAAGAGAAAAGUGUGUGACACACCGGUGGCUUAACAACGCAACUUUAUUGGAGUGUUAAGUCAGUUCACCUAGUUGCUUUGGCUCUUGCAAUACAAUGUCUAUAACAUGAAGAGCCAUACUACCUUUUUUGACUGUAACUCCCUGCUUUUUUUCUUUUUCUUUUUUUUUUAAUUUCUUCCUAAACCUUCCUCUCCUGUGAUGUCCAUGAAUGAUAUCUCUGACUCCUGCAGUUUAUGGAAAUACCCUUUAAUCUGAUAUGUCAUUGUUCACCCAUUGUGCUGUAACAAAUCAGACCAGACGGGUUUGUCAUGCCCUGCCUGAGAACACAGAAAUCUGCCUGUAAAUACUUUUCAAAAUGCCCAUUUAAUAAAGACUUUUUAAAUAAUG